CUAGCAAGUGUUUUCCUUAGAAAAAACCCAUAACAUAACCUCUAUUACAAGUAUCUACUCUCAUUAACGGACUUUGUUAAAUCAGUGUGAUCCCGGCGCUGCCGUUGUGCCGUGCGAUUCGAUUCGCGCCCAUCCAAUCCAGGCCGGCCGGCCAGGUUUCCUCCUCCUCGGCGACUCCGCCGCGCGCCGGCGCACAACUCCAGCCCCCGCGGACUCAGUUCCGCUCCAGCCAGACCCAAGAGCAUGGUUCCUGCCGCCAUGGCGGUCUCCGUCCCCUUCUGCCACGCCGUCCUGCCCUUCCCGGCCGCCGCCAGGGCCCCCUUGGCGCGCUCCCGAGGUGGGAGGCUGGGCCUCGCUUCGUGCUGCGGCGCCGGUCCUAUCUCCGCCAACGCGGUGACCUGCGCGGCCCCAGUCGCCGGUGCCGCCCGCGUCGGCAGGAGGAGGUGCGAGCUCUUUGAUCUCCAUCGGCAGGUAGUUCCUUAUGUUGAUUCGUGGGGUUGGCAGAAGUCCAUUGUUGAGAGGAGGAAAGCGUUGGUAGGCAUAGACACUGACACAGAUGAAGAUCACUCGGACACCUUGAUCGCGCUGCAACAUCCACCGGUUUAUACGUUGGGCAACGGCAACGAUGAGAAGUACCUCAAUUUCAAUUUAGAAGAUUCUCCUAUUGAGAUUCAUCGUAUCGAUCGUGCUGGGCAGGUGACAUAUCAUGGUCCUGGACAGCUUGUUCUGUACCCGGUUCUCAAUUUGCGGCAUCAGAAGAAGGAUCUUGUCUGGUACCAAAGGUCAAUUGAAGGUGUGAUCAUUCGCGCUCUUCAGUCUGCAUUCUCUAUCAAGGCAGCAAGAAUAGACGGCCUCACCGGUGUCUGGGUUGGUGACCAGAAAGUUGCAGCUAUUGGAAUUAUGUGCGCAAGAUGGAUAGUAUAUCAUGGUCUAGCGCUAAAUGUCACAACUGACCUAACCCCUUUCGAGCACAUUGUUCCCUGUGGCAUAAAGGGACGUAGCGUUGGGAGCAUAAAGCAGAUCUUACAAAAGGCUUCCAGCGGUAGAGAACUUAACGACGCAGAAUUAAUGGAUAUAGCUUAUGAAUCAUUGAUCAAAGAGUUUGCUGAGUUUUUCCAGCUCUCUCUGGAACCCAGCCCUGAUUUGCUUCUUUAGCUGGAUAACAUCAUCAAUCAACUGAAGAUUUUUUUUUUAUUAGAUCAUCGAAACUGACUUCUGCGAAGAAGUCAAAAACAAAUACAGAGCAGAUAGCAGAGGCAAGUUUUUAUUCAAAAGUGCAGCCUCCUUCAGUCCAGUGGUUGCAAAACUAGUGAUCCGUGUGCAAGAACUCAAGCCUUUGAUUCACCUGCAAGUCCAGCCAUGGGAACCAACCAUUCUCAGUAAAUCUGUCUUGCGAUUCUGGCCAGAUGAAAAGAAUUCAAGCAAACGCACGUCACCUUCUUUGGUGUUGGAAGUCGACCCUUCGGUGUCGACACCCGGCCACGCCUUGCAGGUGCAGUGCUUUCCUUUCUCGAUGUCUUCAUAGACGGAGGCGACAUGCUUGCCGCACCCCUUCCAGGUGAUCUUGCCGCAUUUUUCGCACUCCACCUUGUAGCACAUCCUGUGUUCUUCUUCUUCGGAUGAUCACCUAGCCCCCUGUUGGGAACUGUGGUAUGCUGCUCUGGACUGGACUAGCUGGGUGUGUGUGCCUCCUUGGCUCUCCAUGGAUUCAGCAUUUAUAGGAACAACCAAGUGCGGAUAAGCUCUAUGUGGCCCAGUGCGGUUGGUGGAGGAAACGAAGUCCGGAUAAGUUGUGCGAUUCUGUAGCUUGUAAAACUGUUGGGUAUUCCCAAUGCUGCGGCGAAUAUCAUUCACUUUGUAAAACUGUUAGGUGUUUCCAAUGCUGUGGCGAAUCUGAUCCGGAUGGGAACAACUCUGUGCUCCUUGUGCUGACCUUGUUGCAAUGAUCAAACCAAAGUUUGUGCUCUUGUGGCGAUCUUGUCGCAUUGGCCAAACCUAAGUUGCUGAUUUCUA